AAAACGACCAGACCCGGAACUUGAUCGGUCGGAGCCCGCCAACCCAAGGCAAAGCAAUGUAGCGUAAACGGUAUAGGACAGGUUAAAGAUGGCCAAAUCUAAGGAGCCAUGGUAUGAAUAUGUGCUACGAAACAAAGCUGUUCGCAUUUUCCUGAGCAAUUACGCUGAACAGGACUGGCAGGAGAUUACCAAACUUGCCCUUCUUUACGGAAUCAUACAGUUGAAAGCCGUUGACGGCAGGGCUUCCAUUCCUCUUGCACGCUUACGGGAAAUUGUUGGGUCCGGUGCUGCUGCCGUGACCGUGGAAAGUGCCUUGCCGGACAUUAAGAACAAGCUCGAGGACUUAAGGGCGCAGUUGGACCAUGUCGCCGUGGACCUUCACAAGCCACACCAUGCAAAGGUGCCCAGCAAAGAGCCGAAGCAGGUCGCUUUUGUAGGACAGCAAAGAGCACCAUCACCCCGUCCUGAACAGCCAGAGCAGGCGCUGAGGGCAGAGGCGGCAGCAGCCAACGUGGCGUUAAAGCACGCUGAGAAAUGGUUGCGAAUCAAGGGAGGCGGUAUUGCAGUCGCACCGCAGCAGAUGCCUGCAAAGGUGGCAGCGAAUGCUGUGGCCGCAGCAGCAGCGCAGCGCGCCAUCAGCCCCGCCCUGCGCCCUCCUUCGGAAUGGCGCAGCGGAGAACCGCGGCGCACCUACUCCCCACCCGGCAGAAAACGCAGUCCUCCUAGGCCAGGCGAUGGCCUCGCGGGUGCGCAAUAUCCCUCCUGGUGGGGUGACGGGCAGCAGCGGCGGAGCAGAGAUGACGACCGGCAGCAGAGCCCGGGGCCGCGCUCCCGCUCCGCGUCUCGUGCUGACCACCGCCGUCCACCUCGGCUAGCGUACUCGGUGCAGCUGGAGCCGGGACAGCCCAUCUGGCAAAACGACCUGGUCACCUCACGCUACCUGGACAUGCCCAGCAGCGGCUACGGCGAGCCCUGGUCGCCGCCGCCAGUGCCGCCGCAGUACCUUCCGCCGCCUGACCUGUCGCAGCCGCCGCAGCAGGGGCAGCAGAGGCAGUCACUGCAACGGCAACACACCGCGCCCAAGAGCCCCUCAGCGUCACCGCCGCAGUCGUUUAGGGCACAGCAGCCAGCUUAUGGCGGCUUUUCGGAACCCUACGGCAGCAGCAGCAGCAGCGGCGGUGCCGCCGUGGGCGGUCCCGGUCCUCAGCUGUAUGUGGUGCAUCCGACUGGGGCCAUGGUGCCGGUUACGUUAGCGGAGGCGCCACGACGGCUUCGGCAGCAGCAGCAGCCUCAGCAGCAGGAGGCUUCUGGAAGGCCGGGCUCCAAGCCCGCUCGUCCCGCCCGGGCAGCAGUGCAGUCGCGCAUCCGUGAGCAGGUGGAAGCGGACAAGGCAGCGGCACGCGCCCGGGUCGCGGCACGACAGCGUGCCACAGAAGCAGCGCUUGCCCUCGGAGCUCGACAGCAGCAACAGGACCGGCCCCGCUCUGCACCCAGUGCCCCUGCCUCCAUCGCCAGCCGCCCCUCCGUGUCCUCUCCUACGGCUCCCGCUGCUGCAAUCGCGGACCGUGUGGCCGCCAACCCUUACACCUCCUGGUUCUUCAACACAGCCCAAGACCCGUCCGUGGCGGCGGCACCGCCUCCGCCGACCCAGCAACAGCAACCGGGGGCACCACCAGCAGCAGCAAUGGCGGCACCAGCGGUGGCGGCGACUUCAGCGUCAAGACCGGCAUCGGCGGGCAGCCCCCCAGGCCCCAAACCUGAGGCGCCGUGGGGCCAAGUCGCCGACUGGUUUGCCGCAGCAACCCCGCCUCCAUCGGCCCCAUCCGCCGGCGCCGCCGUAGCAGCAGCAUCAGUGCCCUCAGCGCCUUCUGCUUCACCGGCAAAGCCGGCAGCAGCACCCACGGCGGCCUCGGCGCCUUCACCACCUCGAGAGGUCUUCAGCUCCCGCGGUGCGGGCUGGGGCCAUGCGGCGACGGCGCAGCAUCCGUUCAGCCUUGCGGCCCCUCGCCCGCCUUCCGCUCCGCCCUCCGCACCGUCCGCUGCUGGCGGCGGCAGCGGCAGCAACGGCGGGGCGCAGCCGGCUCCGGCAGGCGGCACUGCGGCCCCUGUUGCGCCCGCCGCUCCUCAUUCCAUUUCACCACCGCCUGUCGCCGCUGCUGUGUAUCCAAACAUACAUGGGGGUCCGAGCUACGUGCAUGAGCAGCAUAGGGGCGGCAGCGGCAGCAGCCCGCGUUAUCCGCAUGGGCCGGCGUACGGCCCCUCGGAUGCGCCCUACGGCUUUGGUGGUGGGCCAAGGACAGCUUGGGCUGGAGACAUGCGAGGUGGGGCGGCAGCGGCAGGCCUUGCUUGGCCGGGGCCCAGCCUUCCUUGGGAGUCCGCGGCACGCCAGUCGCCCACUCGGCAACAGCAGCAGCAGCACCAACAGAUGUACCAGAACCCCCCACAGCAAGAACCGGAGUGGAUGCGUCCGCAGCAGCACCUGCAGCCUCAGCAGCAGUAUGGGGGCUGGACAGCAGGGAUGCUUCCUCCUGGUGCGCCCGCUGCGGGUCACGGGUGGGAGGCGCCAUGGGGUGCCGGUUGGCUGGGCGGUGGUGGCGGCGGUGGCGCCAGGGUGGGAGCGGCAGCAGGCACGGGAUGGACAGCGGCUCCUAACGUCCAACCGCCGCAGCAGCGGUCUGCGUCCAAUCAGCGGCCCACCACACCGCGCGCCGAGGCAUUAAAGGCGGUGCGUCCGGAGGUGGUGCAGUGGUCCAAGUCCUGGGUGGGAGACUUUGGCCACCUGGAUGAGCCGCGAUCCCCUCCGCCGUCUAGCCAGCCCCCGUCCGAGGCCCCCGCGGCGGCUGCUCCUCCGCCGCUGCGCCGCCCCUCCAUGGACCCCGACACCGCUGCUGCCGUGCAGGCAGGCUAUCAGCGAGUGCAGCAGCAGCGGGCGGAGGAAGAGGCGUUCAUGCGAGCCAGGGCAGCAGCAGAGGCCACCCUCUUACCGCCGGCGGCACCAGCGGCCGCUAGCGGCCCAGCAGUAAGCGCCAACACAAGUGCUGAAGAGCGCCAGGGAGGAGCAGCAGCUGCGGCGGCGGCGGCGGUGGUAGCGGCGCCACGCCUAAGCGCUGGUGGUCUUGGCGGCCCCGGCGUUGUUGUUGCCGGUGGUAGUGCUCUCACUAGCGGCUGGGACGGCGGAAGCGGCCUGGGCGCAGGUCUAGGUGUGUACGGCAGUGGCAGUGGAGCCGCCGCCGCUGCAGCAUCAGGGGCAACAACAACAGCAGCGGCGACAGCGGCAACGGCAGCCGCGGAGGCGGACACGGAGGCGGACCGUGUGUGGAGCAGGGUGCUGGGCCAGGUGGCGAGGCUGACGAACGCGCCGGAGCCGGAGAUUGGGGGUGGAGGCGGCGGUGGUGGCUGGCUUGGGUCGGCGUAUCCAGCCGUGGGCCAGCAGCCGCCGCAGCAGAGGUCUGGGGAGGCUGGUGGAGGAGGUGAGGGGGCCGCGGGAAGCACGCGGUGGGAUCUGGAUGCGAUUGUGGGCCGGUCGUUGGGCCCAUCAGGGUUGACGUACCAGUAGUAGCAUCUUCAAUGCAUGGUGGGGGAUAUGAAAGGGGCCGUGGACGGGGUGGACCGUGACUGGAAUCUUGGGGUGUAGUAUCGUGCAUUUAUUGUGCAGCUAUACAUGCGACCGCUGGGAAUGACACCGGAAAUUGGAACUGUGCGGGCAUGUGGCUAAUUGAGUGUCUGGUACGACAAACCUUUGCUAGUUAAUGCUCGGGACUUGCUUGCCGAAGGACGGGGCCUGGUUGCCCCAUACUCUGCAAGAGGUGCAAGCUGAAAGAGGGUCCCCGUUGUGAAUGGAUUGGGUUAUUCCAGGCAUUUAUCUGCAAUCAGUUAGAACCUCGCCGGACAGAAGUGCCCUCACCCUACCUUGCCUCUACCUUCAACGCGUAAGGUCGGGGCCGGUACCUUCUUAAAGAGAUUCCAGUUUUCUGUUUUAUGGAUGUAACGGG